AUGGGCCCGCGUAGGUCGCAUCGAAAGUCCCGUAAUGGCUGCCCCGAAUGCAAGACGCGGCGAUUAAAGUGCGAUGAGCGGUAUCCUUGUACCAACUGUUCCAAACAUGGCAUUCCGUGUAGCUAUGCCGGACCGAUGGAGGGACACGAGGACACCCCAGCCUCAAGUGCCUCCCCUGCAACUCAAUCCCAGCCCCAUUUUCAGCCGCAUAUCUAUCCUCAGUCGCAGGCAAUGACGAAUACGCCUAGCUAUAGAGGUGACAGAGGUGAAUUUCCCUGGGGAAUGACAUCCGCGGAUAUCGCACUUGACUCGGAAGAUCGAUGGGAUAUCAUAGGUGUCUUUCCCAGUACACCCGGAACUUCCGCGCAACAUGCAGAAGACUGGGGACUUGACCUGGAAUUAAUGCAUCACUUUUGUUCGGUGACCUGUAGCACUAUGACUGGACGAGAAGAUGCUCGUCACGUCUGGCGAGUAGUUUUUCCCAUGGAAGGCUACUCCAACAGUUAUGUGAUGCACGGUAUUUUGGCAAUUGCAGCCCUGCAUAAAGCCUAUCUGUACCCUACACAGAAGGUGAAGUACGUCAAAGCAGGCGCCCAUCAUCUAGCGGUAGGGCUGAAAGAAUUUCGGGAACUCGUUGCUUCUCCAGUUGACCCGGAAAACUGGCAACCGGUGUUCUGUUUCGCCUCCAUGAUCUCGGUGCACCUCUCAGCCGUGCCAAUCAGACUAGGUGUUGACCGUUGGCCCGAUCCAAUCUAUAAUAUGGCUGAACUAUUUGCAAGCAUCAGAGGAUUUCAAGAGAUUAUGCAGUCAUUCUUGAGAUCUCUGCGGAAGACACAGCUUGCGCCUCUUGUAAAUUCCAUAAUUCUCGAGGACGAGAUGCUCAUUCCGAGCCCUGCUACUAUCUCGCAGUCAUUACUUCCCCCGGAUAUAUGGGACCAGAUAUCCAGCCUUCAGCACUUUAUCGAUGAAUAUCAAUUUUCGGAGACCCAUGCCACCAACCCGCCGACGCCAGCUACCCAGGAUCACUCCGGACCACCAAAAGAUUAUCAAACUGCUUUGGACUUUUUCAAAGUAUGUGCCCGUCAAAUUGAACUUGCCGGCCCACAUCUGGAAGCUGGUAUGGUUUACAUGUGGGCAUACCCGCUUACGAAGCGGUAUCACGACGAUCUGAAAUCACACGAACCCGUAGCGCUGGUUCUUCUUGCUCACUACUGUGUGCUGCUAAAAUUAAUCGACAAAUUUUGGUACAUCGAUGACAUGGGUCGUCAGUUGUUGGGGGACAUAGAGAAGAAUAUGCACCCGGGAUUCCGGGAGUGGUUGGUGUGGCCAAGGCGAUGGGUAUUUGGAAAAUGA